CACUCUUAACAUCAAUCCAGUUUUCUCUUCUUCUUCUUCUUCUUCUUCUUCACUCUAUUUCUCUGCUUAAAAUAAUCUUUGAACCAGCAUCUCCCGUGUUGAUGUCUGUGCGGAAAAUUUUGAGUUUCUUUUGAUCAAUUUAAAACCCAAAUCCACUCGUUAUAUUGUCUUGUUUGUUUACCCGGAAACGUCAGAGGCAUUGAGAAUUUAGAAUUUGUUUCACUUCGCUGUCGGUUCUACUCUUCAUAAUGAAAUCUCAUCUGUAAAGGCUUGAAUCCGGUUGAUGACAGGAUGAAUACCAGAGAGAGGACGUCUAAGCGGUCAAUGAAAACUCCAGUGACGCCUCAAAAAGAGAAGGUGCAAAUGCAGGGAAACAAGUUAAGAGAUGGUGCAAAAGGCAUUAUAAAUCGUCGAGCUGCUAACAAGGAGAGGAAAAUGGCUCUGCUUCAAGAUGUGGAUAAGUUGAAGCAGAAGCUUAGACAUGAAGAGAAUGUCCAUAGGGCGUUGCAGAGAGCUUUCACUCGACCUUUGGGAACUCUCCCUCGCCUUCCUCCUUAUCUCCCACCUUCUACACUAGAGCUUCUUGCGGAAGUGGCUGUUUUGGAAGAGGAGGUUGUUCGGCUUGAAGAACAGGUUGUACAUUUUAGGCAGGAUCUAUAUCAGGAAGCAGUGUAUAUAUCCUCCUCCAAGAAGAACAUGGAAACUUCAGCUGACUUCCAUGAUCCGUCUGUGAAUAACAAUUCAAGAACAGAGCAACCCAAGUCUUUAGCUGGAAAUGUGGGUGAUUCUGCAACAACCCAAUUGCAUUCUUUUUCUGAUGAUGGGAGGGGUAAAGAGACCCAGUCAAGUGCCCAGUCUUUGAAGAGCAACAAGGAAUCAGAUAAACCCCAAACAAUCAGAACACCGGUGAGAAAACCUGCUCUUGACAGGAAACCAGUGGAGAAGCGUUUAGAUUCUCAGAAAUUACAGAAUUUCCAGCAAGAAAAACGUCUACGCGAUCAAGAUAGUGCAGAAACAACGGCUGUUAGUGUUUCGGAUGAUAAAAUGUCACCAGAUAGCCCAAAUAAAGUUUCUGAGGACAUAGUGAAAUGUUUGUCAAGUAUUUUCUUAAGAAUGAGCUCAAUGAAGAAUAGAGGCACUAUCGAAAAUAUAUCCUAUUUGUCAGCAUUAGUGUCUCAAGAACAUGUUGACGAAACAGAAUAUAAAGAUCCUUAUGGAAUUUGUUCAGAAUUUGGAAGGAGAAAUAUUGGUCCAUAUAAGCAUUUGCUUGCAAUUGAAGCUGGUUCAAUCAAUCCAAACCGAACAUCAAAUUCUUUGUUUCUAUUACACAGAUUGAAGCUUCUACUAGGCAAACUUGCUUGUGUUAACUUACAGAACCUCACUCAUCAGGAGAAGCUCGCUUUCUGGAUAAAUGUAUACAAUUCCUGCAUGAUGAAUGCAAUCCUAGAAAAUGGAGUACCGGAGAGUCCUGAGGUGGUGAUGACAUUGAUGCGAAAGGCCAUGAUAAACGUUGGUGGACACUUGCUAAAUGCAAUAACCAUCGAACAUUUCAUCCUCAGAUUGCCUUAUCACUCAAAAUUUCCCUUCCAAAAAGGGAUGAAAAACGACGAAAUGACAGCAAGGAGCAAGUUUGGAUUGGAAUUAUCUGAACCAUUGGUAACAUUUGCCCUCUCCUGUGGAAGUUGGUCCUCACCUGCUGUACGAGUGUAUACAUCAGCACAGGUCGAGAAUGAACUGGAGGUGGCAAAAAGAGAGUACUUACAGGCUGCUGUUGGAAUUUCGUCGAAGAAAUUUGCAAUCCCAAAGCUGUUGGAUUGGUAUUUACUUGACUUUGCAAAGGACUUGGAUUCUUUGCUUGAUUGGAUCUGCCUUCAGUUACCAAGUGAUCUAGCCAAAGAGGCCAUUAAGUGUGUAGAAAAGGGUAAUAGUGAGUUUCCAUCCCAGUUUGUCCAAAUUAUGCCAUAUGAAUUUAGCUUUAGGUACCUUCUGUGCACAUAGUUUAUUUUUGCUUUUUUUUGCAUCGUUAUGUUUGGAGUCGAGGGUGUUGUAUACAGCAAUAGAAUACAAAUCAAGAUUACAUAUAUCCGAUUUAUCUAUCGAUCAAGCAACAUAAGCAGCAUACUCCCCA